UGGAGUUUCCUGUGAGUCGGGGAGUGCGCACAGAGAAUCCGAGCAGUACAGUACAUAGGAAAUGACUCAUAGGAGUUGAACUGCUAGCGUGGGUGUGUGCGCUAUUAAAACAAGGCGCAGACUCCUCCGUAUGACUCACUCUGAUGCUCGCUUUUCCAUGCUGAAAACCAGCACGGAUUGUUAAUCAGAUGAACUUUCGGGAAUUGUGUAGCCGACAGCGAGCAGCUUUUUACGCGCAGACAUCAUGGCUUCGAACGCUCUUUGCGCGCUGUGCGGACUUAUUAUAGCGGCUGUGACCAGUCUCCACGGCGUGAGCGCACAGAAAAGUCAGUGUGGCAGCUCGGAGUUUUGGAACUCAGACUUGGAUGUCUGCGUUCCCUGUGCCUCAUGCAAGCAGUACCCAAAGACUCCAUCCUGCAACACAUGUAAAUCUGUCGAGGAGACGCCUGAUGUGUGGAAACUGGCGGCUAUCACCAGUUUCUCGGUGCUGGCUGUUGUGCUGGUUGGUGCUGCGUUGAUCAUCGGGGUCAUGGUGCAUCGACGCAAAUCACACAAACGACCUCUACGUGAACCCAUUGAAGAAACGGCGGGGCCACUUUAUCAAGCUUAAACAGCUCACCUCAUCUUCUUCUGGAAACAGAUGUGACAGAACCGCGGAGCGACUGAUUACGAGCCAGGCGGAGGAACCUCUGGACGAUGAACUGUAGACUCUGACUGCAGGGUGAACCCCGGCCACAAUUGGACCGUUUUAAUUUAUUAGACUGUUCGGUGGAGAGACGGGUUCAGUUCUCACCGUGGGCUCAGCCGUGACCACGGGACUUGCAGAGAGCCACUCUCCCACCGCUGUAGGAAUAGUAACAGCAUUAUACUAGUGGUAUCAUCUUUAGAAACCGUGUGCCUUUAUACUCCAAUCCAUUUUGAUCUGGAAGACCUUUGCGGGUUUUUCGGAUGUUUGAUUCAAAAAAUCUGAUACAGUCCAAGCUCCUGUAUUGUGCUGUUUUCCAGCAGGACUCCAGUGAAUGUAACACAGCUACAGCCGCCAGCUGGGCUGCAGUUUGAGCCCCUGCUAUUCAGCGGGGUUAGACGGGGUCUACGUGCUGGUCAUUUACAACAACAGCCUCUGAAAGAUAAAUCACAUGUGAGUAAGACAUACUGUUUGGCACAUUAAGGCCAUUUGAAUGUAGCUACUUCUAGGUGAAAUGUAUUCCAGCCUUGCCAGUACCUCCAUGUACCUGUUCUUUUAGUAGCCCGAUAAAGCUGUUGAUUAAGGGAGCAAACCGUACUCAUGCACUGUUACCAGGUUUCCUGAGACCAACACGGACCGCUCACUGCAGGUCUUUACAAUAUUGUCUUGUCUGUUUUUUUUUUCGUGUUACUAAGUUUUAGGAGUUUCGUCUGUUCCGAUCCCCCCCCUCUGAAUUCACAACGCCGUCCGAGCGCUCGCAGGACAGGAUGCUUGAAACACUAGACUCACGAUCCCAAACUGCUAACACGUGGGAAUGUUGCGAGGAAUGUACUGUAGUGAAGAAAAUUACAGACACCGACAGUGUUUUAGGUGGAGCUUCGCGCUGCUCGCUGAGUCGGACCUGCGAGGAUCUUUUUUUUUUUUUUUUCGAGCCACAACAAAAGCAUGUUUUGCGAUUGUGGAGUCUGUUUGUAAUUUCAACCGGAACCAUCGAGAACCACGGUGGACAGGGUUGUUGUUUUCCACUUUUCUUGUAGAGUGUUUUUUCCUUCAUCAAACUGCCACCAUUCAACACAUGGGUCCUCAGAACUCUUGUGAUGUUUUGUCCCUGACAAAGUUUCGGGUCGUGUUUUUGAUCUGUCUGCUUGUCCUCUUCCUCCAAAUCGGGGAAUCAUCUAUCAUACAGAUACUUUUUUCCUUGUAGAUGUUUAUAUUAUUUAUUUUUAAGUAUCUUGCAGUGUCAACUGUGAGGAACAAGCACAUUUUUUUUUUUAAAGGGACUCCAGUGAAGAUUUUGUUUUAAACUUCCACCAGGCCAGCCAUCGAUGUUACUGAGCAAUAACUAACAUUUCUAUGCUUAUCUCUCUUUGCCUUCUAUUUCCUUUUUUUUGUAUUUACUGUACAUGCACUGGCUUCUUUUCUUAUAAACUGCUUUGUGUAGCAAAUGUAUUUUCACAAUAAAACUGACAACUUUCA